AUGCCCCCCCCACACACACAUCGAGGAACGCGGGGCACACACACGGCCCGACGGGGCCGCCGGGUACCCCUUCCCGACGGCCCUGUAAAGACCGAGGCGUGGCGCAGCAACCACGGCCCCGCAGGUACCUGGACAGUGGGUGGGGGACACGAGCCACAGGCCACCCCGCCUCGACGCCGAUUGCGUCCUUGGCCAACGCGCGGGGAGCUGAAACCCCGACGCUGCCGGCCCGUGACUGCGGAGGCCCCCGCAGGCCUGCCAGGCACCGCCACUGGCCCCGAAGGCCGACACCCGACACCGCCCUCUCCCCAUCCCUUCCCCCACCCAGAGCCACCGCGGGCGGACCGGACCCCCUCUCCAUUCCCAAGCACCCCGGAGCUCGCUUUUACACACAACCGCGUCUCUCCCCGCACCCGCCAACCCAGGCCCCUCUCGCCACAGAAGACAGGGGGCUGCAGAGGGAAGCGGGGCGCUCAGGGGGUUCCCCCUGCCCCCCCCCACAAAUCGAGGAACGCGGGGCACACGCAUGGCCCCACGGGGUUGCCGGGUAGCCCCCUCCCGACGGCCGCUCAAAGACCGUGGCGUGGCGCAGCAACUGCGGCCCCGGGGGUUUGGUGGGCAGCGGAGUCUGGGGGAGAAGUGAACCCUCCUCCCCACCGCCCCGACCCUAGGCGGACGGGCGACCCCCAAAGGGUCUUUAAACCUCCGCAACAGGACGUGCUUGGUACCUGGACAGGGGGUGGGGGAACAGGCAAAGCAGGAGGGGGACACGAGGCCACAGGCCACCCCCGACAAGACUCCGAUUGCGUCCUGGGCCAAGCCGCUGGGAGCGGAAACCCCGACGCUGCUGGCCCUUGUCGGGGGAGGCCCCCCCCAGUCCCGCCCGGCGCCGCCACUGGCCCCGGAGGCCUACAUCCGACACCGCCCUCUCCGCACCCCUUCCCACCCCCAGAGCCACCGGGGGCGCACCGGACCCCUCUCCAUUCCCAAACACCCCAAAGCUCGCUUUUACACACAACCGCGUCUCUCCCCGCAACGGCCAACCCAGGCCCCUCUCGUCACAGAAGGCGAGGGGGCUGCAGCGGGAGCGGGGCACCGGCGGGCAGGGCGGGCGAAGCGAUGGUCGAGAGCAGGGGCAGGGAAGGCGAGGAGCCGAACCCGGGCAAGAGGCCUGUGCAGGGGGACCGGAGGGGAGAGAUUCGGAGCGGGGAACAGCAGGGUCAGAGCAGACGCCCGACGGACCCUGAGAGAACCAUCCAGGGCGGGUCGUGGGAGGUGGCGGCCGGCGGGCGCCCCGCGUGA